AUGCUGCUUAGAGGAUUACGAGCCUGUGCUGAGCGUGCCUCGAAGCCGCGCACGACAAACUUGGAUCGAAUUUCGAAAACCACCAAGGAAUUGUUGGAAAGAAGAAGGGUUUUGAGGCUUGAUCCGAAUGCAUCGUACAUGGAGCGGUUAGUAGCAAACACUGGCUGCAGAAAAGCGUUGCAGGAGGAUCUUUUGAAAUACAGGCAGAAGAAGAUUCUGGAAGCAACACAAAGAAGAACGAGUCUAAAGAAGUGCCGCAGGGAAUUCCGCGAAUAUAAUAUUCCGCUAGCAGCCUUGCUGAGCGAAGACGGGACUCGCACGUCUUCUCGUCGUGACAUGGAAAUCAUUACGGAGAGGCUCUACUCGAACCUUUUCCGUUCAUCAACUCCUGUGUCAAGCCCGAUUAUCCCCACUGGUCAAGUUCCAGCACGGAUUCUCCCUUCGGAAGUACAAGUCGCUAUCAAGAGAAGGAAAGGAAAAGAAGAAGGAAAGGAUCCCAGACCAGUGGAAGACCUCGCGAACCGUUCUUAUCCAUGA